CGCGCGGAUAUGACGUCGGAGGUCGCUAAACCGAAAUGUACCGUUGAAGCUACCAACUACCUUGCAAACUUAAGUCGUCGCCAGGAUUCAAAGCAACUACUUGACAAGAGGCCUCACUUGAGAGUGACUGUGCCGGCAUGCAUAAUGAAGUGACUGACUUCUAAAGCAGAGGACGUCUGGCUCCACUUGCUCUCCAGACAGGUCGAGGGAGGUCACUGAGCCCAAGGCGGCCGUGUGAAACAAGGCACCGAGGCGGAAGGGACCAGUGUGGCCGGCGCGAUGGCAGAGCUGAGGCUUUCCGUCCCUCUUCCGCUUCUCCUCUUCCUCCUCGUGCUGCUUCUUCCGUUGGCGCAGGGCUCUGCUUAUCUGUCCGGAUAUCGCAGCAGGUCUCGCCUCCAGCGCGACCGACAAAUCCGCAACAUUCGUCCGAAUAUCAUUCUCGUCCUCACGGAUGACCAGGAUAUGGAGCUGGGCUCAAUGCAGGCCAUGAACAAAACUCGUCACAUCAUGGAGAAGGGGGGAACGCAUUUCUCCAAUGCCUUCUCGACCACGCCCAUGUGCUGCCCGUCCCGCUCCUCCCUCUUGACCGGGAAGUACGUCCACAACCACCACACCUACACCAACAACGAGAACUGCUCCUCACCGUCAUGGCAGGCCCACCACGAACCGCACACCUUCGCCGUGCACCUCAACAACUCCGGCUACAGGACGGCUUUUUUUGGAAAGUAUCUCAAUGAAUAUAACGGCUCCUAUGUGCCCCCCGGCUGGAGGGAGUGGGUGGCCCUGGUGAAGAACUCGCGCUUCUACAACUACACCCUCUGCCGGAAUGGAAUUCGAGAGAAACACAACAGUGACUAUUCGAAGGAUUACCUGACGGAUGUCAUCACCAACGACAGCGUCAACUACUUCCGACUGUCCAAGCGGAUGUAUCCCAACCGUCCCGUCAUGAUGGUUCUGAGUCAUGUCGCCCCUCACGGCCCGGAGGACUCUGCCCCGCAGUACAGCACCGCUUUCCCCAACGCGUCGCAGCACAUAACUCCAAGCUACAACUACGCUCCGAACCCGGACAAGCACUGGAUCCUGCGCUACACCGGGCCCAUGAGGCCCGUGCACAUGCAGUUCACUAACAUGCUGCAACGCAGGAGGAUGCAGACCCUGCUGUCUGUGGAUGACAGCAUGGAGAAGAUGCACAACAUGUUGGUGGAGACGGGCGAGCUGGACAACACCUACAUCAUCUACACGUCCGAUCACGGCUACCAUAUUGGCCAAUUUGGGCUGGUGAAGGGCAAAUCCAUGCCUUACGAGUUUGAUAUCCGCGUUCCCUUCUAUGUGCGGGGGCCCAAUGUGGAGCAAGGUGCCACUAAGCCCCACAUGGUCCUGAAUAUUGACCUGGCGCCGACUCUGCUGGACAUCGCCGGCGUUGAGAUCCCUGCAGAAAUGGAUGGAAAGUCGAUCCUGAAGCUGCUUGACACUGACAAACCGGUGAACAGGUUCCAUUUAAACAGGAAAGGCAAAAUGUGGAGAGAUUCCUUCCUUGUGGAGAGAGGGAAGCCUCUCCACAAGAGGGCCGAUGGGAAGGAAAUGGCUCAGGAGGAGAACUUCCUGCCCAAAUACCAGCGAGUCAGGGAGCUGUGCCAGAAGGCAGAGUACCAGACUUCCUGUCAACAGCCGGGACAGAAGUGGCAGUGUGUGGAGGACCCUUCCGGCAAGCUGAGGCUGUAUAAGUGCAAGGGCAUGGCCAGUCUGUACGCCCCGCCCGUGCAGGCUCUGACGGCCAGCCGCGCUCCCCAGCUGUCGCUUUCCUCCACUGCGGACGGCUGCGCCUGCGCCAACGUGGGCUUCAAAACAGCCGUCCUGAGGCGGAAGAAACUGCUCGCCAAGAAGAAGAUGAAAUCCAGCAAGUCUGCCUCGAGGAAGCGUUGGGCCCGCUCGGUGUCCUUUGAGCUGGAUGGAGAUAUGUAUGCUGUGGACCUGGGAGAGUCCUACCAGAACAGCACGUGGACUUUGGGCAGAAGCGGAGGAGCGGCGCCUGAGGAGCAUGAUGACGAGUUCAGUGGCAGGCCCACCGCUGACAGCGGCGUGCCACCUGCCGCUCUCAAGGUCACAUACAGAUGCUCCAUUCUCAUGAAUGACACCGUCAAAUGUGACGGUGGGCUCUACAAGUCCCUGCAAGCGUGGAAAGACCAUAAAAUGCACAUUGAGCAUGAGAUUGAAACCUUGCAGACCAAGAUAAAGAACCUGCGUGAGGUCAAAGGGCACCUCAAACAGGUGCGACCGGAGGAAUGUCAGUGUAACACUCCCAGCUAUCUGCUCAAGAAUAAAGGCAGCUUUGUGUUGGGCAGCGGACGCGUGCAUUCGCUCAGGAUGCCAAAGCAGAAGACGCAGUGGCUGCAGAAGGAGCAGAAACGCAGGAAGAAACUCCGCAAAUUCCUGAAAAGGCUCCGGAACAACGACACCUGCAGCAUGCCGGGCCUCACUUGCUUCACCCACGACAAUCACCACUGGCAGACUGCCCCCUACUGGACAAUGGGGCCAUUCUGCGCCUGCACCAGCGCCAACAACAAUACCUACUGGUGCCUGAGGACCAUCAAUGACACGCACAACUUCCUGUUCUGUGAGUUUGCCACCGGUUUCCUGGAGUAUUUUGACAUCAACACGGACCCGUACCAGCUGAUGAAUGCCGUCAGCACCCUGGACCGCGACGCUUUGAAUUCGAUGCAUCAGCAGCUCAUGGAAUUACGGGCGUGCAAGGGACACAAGCAGUGCAACCCUGAAAAGGGAGGCAAAGAGCGAAACUACUUUAGUGAAUACAGGCCAGUUUAUCGUCGAAAGAGACCAAAAGUGAAGAAACCGUCCUCCAAAUCGCUGGGGCAGAUUUGGGACGGCUGGGUGGGCUAAUCGCCCGCUCCCCUCGACCAACCACCAGAGGCAGUCUUGCCACGCUCCGAUGACACGAUUGCAGAGCCGCUCACAAAGGCAGGAGGCGUGACGAAACUGAGAGGGCGCUCAUCAACUCUGUAAUUAUCAGUUGCUCUUCACCACACAUUUCAUUCAGGCGUCGAGAUCCGUCCACGUGAACUGGAUAGCGUGAUUCAAAGGGGGACACUGUGUGUCUGCACAAGCCACUCGGUUUCACCGCUUGUAGAUAAGUCUUGGCUUUACUCCGCUUUCACCCGCGCGGCACCGGACCCGAGUGGACCGAGCCCUCGACUCUGCUGCUGCUCGUUCAAGUUCCCAAUGGAAAUC